UUCAUUGGUUGGUCGCUGAGCUCUGGCCACUCGUGGUCGUAGCAAGUGGCGUUUCAACACCCUAGAGAGAGAAACAGAUCAAGAGAGAGGGUUAGAGAGAGAGAGAGAGAGAGAGAGAGAGAGAGAGAGAGGGGUUAAGAGAGAGAAGGGGAGACCCGGGGGCCGGGCAAGAUAGAGGGGAGCGUGCGCAGGAAGCUGAUGAGGCUCCUGUCGUUCGUGCCCUGCGGCUGCCGUGCUGGACCAAUCGACGACGCGCCACCAGCGGAGACGUUGCACGCCGGCGACGGCGCGGCGGCGAGGAGGCGAAGGAGGAGGGCCAGGUCCCUGGGGGUGCCCCAGUGGCGACCGUCGCUUGGGAACAUCUACGAGGAGUACAGCACCGACGCGGCCAAGGCCGGCGGCGGGAGAAGGGUCGUGCCGGCGAGGGCCGGCAAGUCGGCAUCCUGGGACGUCGCCAGGGUGCUGCCCCGCGCGCACAGUGAUGAAUACCGGCACCUCGAGAGCGCGUCAUCCAUGCCAGCGUUCGUGCCGACGGCGUACUUGUUCUGAUCAUGGCCUCGACCGACCGAUGAGGCGAUGAUGACGACAAGCAGGACCAAAGGGAACAAUUAUCAGAAACGUAUAUACAAAUUAUUAUUAUUAUCUACGUAUUGCAGAACCAAGGAUUUAUACGCAUCCAGGAAAUAAACUCAUCUCUUCUUCGUGAGAGAUAGCGUGUGCAUAUACAUCCAUGUCUAUAUAUAGUAUUAUUUAUGCAUGAGUAGUAUGUGAUCUCUCUCUCUCUCUCUCUCUCUCUCUCUCUAUCUCUCUCUCUCUCUCUCUCUCUCUCUCUCUCUAUAUAUAUAUAUAUAUAUAUAUAUAUAUAUAUGGAUUGGAUGUAUAUACACAUAUAUGUGGCAUGCAUCACCAUGCAUGGCCUUGUAAAUCUUCUCAUGGUGUAAAUGUGUGUGUGUGGCGAGUCUAUUAUGUACCUAGGCCCAACAAACUAAGUCACACCACCCUUUAAUUAUUGCAGUCAUCUUUGCACUA